AUGAACCCCAACUAUCCUCCGCCGCCGUACCCAGGUCCAAUGGCUCCCUACCCGGCACCCAUGGCAGCCCCGCUGUAUAGAGCCCCCUACCCGGGGGUCUACCAACAGCCUGUGUACCAGCAAUAUCCAGGCCCUGCAUACGGCUACGGGCCCGGGCAGACAGUGUAUGUUGUGGAGGAGCGGCGGACGCAGGACUCCGCUCUGACCGGCUGUCUGCAAGGCUGCCUGGCCGCCCUUUGCUGCUGCUGUAUGUGCGACAUGUUGACCGCUUGCAACUGA